AUGGAGUGCGUUAAGGUACGAUCGUCAAAGAGAUUGUCCAAGAGGCAUGCCGAGAAUAAACUCAAACACCACGAGUUUGACACGGAGCAUAUGGACGACGAGUCUUCAUCCAUACUUUUCGACUUGGAGGCAAGCUUGGAUUCUUUGUACGAGAAGCGAUCGAGCACCCGAGAGGCCGGCUUGAAGGGCUUGAUCGACGGUUUCAUGGGGAAGGUGAUGACCCACUUCGUGGAAGAGAAGUAUGAAACACUGACUCAUCAAAUCCUAUUGUCAAUCAAGCAGAGUUCUUCGACAGAGGCUGUUCUUGCGGGGCGUGCUCUGGCCGUGGUUUCCAUCACCGCGGGAGCAGGGAAAGUGGCCGAGCACGUAUUCGAGGAUAGCUUCCCUCAUCUCUCCAAGAUUUCCAAGCUCGGACGCGAUUCUGCCGCGAGGGUUUCAGCGAUUGAGGCUCUCGGGAUGUUAACUUUCGUUGGUGGCGUGGAGGUGUCCACUGAAAGCGCGAUGGAGGUUCUGUGGCAGAUUGUCAUCCACAAAGGCAGUGCUCACGCAGAUCAAACUCUUGGUACGAGCAAACCCACACCUCCGGUCAAGGCGGCCGCCAUCAUGGCUUGGAGUUUGCUGCUUUCUACAUUGAGCUCCAAGAGAGUCAUGUCCCUCCAGCUCUCGAGUGUCCUGGGGGCUUUGUCCUCGUUGCUCGAGGAUCCAGAUCUAGGUGUUCGCAAGGCUGCCGGGGAAGCCAUCGCUCUUCUCUGCGAAGUUGGCGGCAUCCACCUCUUGCAGCAAGCUCUUGGCAAAGGUGAAAAACGAAGACGAUGGCGGUGGAGCUGCAAGUGGUGGAUCAGAUGA